AACAACAGGCUUCAUCCGGUUGAAGCUUGUUCAUAAUGAUUUUUUGAUCAGUGGUUGUUAAAACUUGGACGUUACAACAUGUGAAAUGUUUACCUAGGACUACUCUAGAAAUCCAGGUGUUGCUGAAGGCAGCCUUUUUUGAAUAACACAACUGCUGUUCAUCUGGCUGACUUCAUCAUGAAGAAACUUUUUUCUAAGUUUGAAAAUAAAAUUGAGCAGACACCAAAAGAGGCCACAAGUUUUGUUGGGAAAAUAUUCAAUGUUGGAAGAUUUAGUGUUACAGUUGAAGACAUAAUUGCAGAAGGUGGGUUUGCUCUAGUAUUUCUUGUUAAGGGGACUAACAACGUUAGAUAUGCCCUCAAGAGGAUGUUUGUCAAUAAUGAACCAGACUUAUCUGUAUGUAAAAGGGAAAUCCAUAUUGCAAGUAGUCUGCGAAGCCAUAAAAACAUUAUUGGUUUAGUAGAUUCCAGCAUCACACAUGUUGGAGGAGGUGUUUAUGAAGUAUUAAUGCUUAUGCAUUAUUAUAGAGGACGUGUACUACAAUUGAUGAAUGAGAAACUUCACACAGGAUUUACAGAACAUGAGGUGUUGAGAAUUUUCUCUGAUGUUUGUGAAGCAGUGUCAAGACUUCAUCAUUGUAAAACACCUAUUGUUCAUAGAGAUCUCAAGGUAGAAAAUAUAUUGAUCAGUGAUAGCGGUCACUAUGUUUUAUGUGAUUUUGGAAGUGCUACGGCAAAGUUUCUAAAUCCCCAGAGUCAAGGAGUUAAUGUUGUUGAAGAAGAAAUAUCAAAGUACACCACCUUGUCUUAUAGAGCACCUGAAAUGGUAGAUUUGUAUUGUGGGAAACCUAUAACAACCAAAGCUGACAUUUGGGCUCUUGGAUGUUUGCUAUAUAAACUCUGUUUUUUUAUUCUGCCUUUUGGAGAAAGUGCACUUGCAAUUCAGAGUGGAAAUUUUACAAUUCCAGAUAAUUCCUACUACUCCAAAAAACUUCAUUGUUUAAUAAGAUAUAUGCUUGAACCAGAUCCUGAUAAAAGGCCAGACAUUUAUCAGGUGUCUUUUAUAGCAUUUAAGCUCCUAGGGAAAGACUGUCCUGUUCAAAACCUUCAUCUUACUAGUCUUCCCGAUCUGAAUCAUCUUCCAGUUCCACAGAUGGAAAAUGAAGCUAAGAAAGCAACAGCUAAACCACAAAGAACUGUAACAGCUCCUGUAGUAGAAAAGACUUCAGUUGCACCCCGACAGCGACCCAAAGGUUCCCAGGCUCCACCAACUGUUGGCAGCCUUCCACUUCUGCCACAAGGCAAUCUUUCUUCUUCUCGCAGUUCUUUACCAAAUGUAACACCAUUUACUCCUAAUCAACUCUCUGAAGUAAUUUUGUUACAAGAUACCCUUCCAUCUCAGAACAUCUUACAUCCUGUAUGUCAAACAUCCCUUUCCCAACCACUGGUGGUCUUCAACUCUUUAUCACAGCAGUUUGUCAAUAAUGCUCAAGUAACAUCACAGCCACCUCUUCAGGAUGUUGUUGCAUCAUAUCUACCUACUUCUUAUGUGAUACCCACUGAAUGUAUGCCCUUAAAUAUUCCACGAACACUGACCAGCCCUGCCACUGCAGGCCAGACUGUCUUGUUAGCUCCUUCUGUGUGUUCUACUUCAGCACCAAGUUCAGCAGCUGUGACACCAAAUCAACCACAAACUGAACAUUCAGGGAGAAGUAAAACAUCAUCCCUUGAGGCAUUGUUCCCAACUAAGAACUACUCCCACCCAUUUAAUCAAAAAGUUCCCAAGCCAUCAGCAUGUGAUAGCAUUGAUUUCAAAGUUCCACCUAUUCCAGCCCCUCGGUCUAUCUCCCACAAAGCUGUGGUUGUAGAAGCUGAACCAAAAGUAAAUUCUGAUUUCAGCUCACAGUCUCUUAUUUGUGUUUCACCUUCUCCUACACCUAGCCAAAGAAGUUUUCAUAGGAGAAAUGUGAGUGACACUUCAGCAUUUGACAAAAACUUUGCCCAUGAAACAUCUCAGUUCCUUGCACCAUUUGAAACUUCAAAGGGUAGGAAUGGAACAACUCACAGGACUCAAGGAAUAACAGCAUCUAUUUCACAACAGCCAGCACCACAUCAUUGGAAUCCUUUUGAUGAUGCUGUGUCCUUUAGUCAAAUGACAGAAGAUCACAUUUUUGGCCAAGAGUUUGAUAAAAUUAGAAGAGGAUCACAAAGCAGUAUAUCAAAUGUGAAGAGUAGAGAAAGUCUAGUCAUGAGUGCAACUGAACUCACUCAACCUGAUCCUUUUGGAGCCGCUCCUUUCAGUCUAUCAGGUUCCCAUCGUUCGACUGUCAAAGGACAGGUCCAACUGCCAACAGAAGGGACUCGUACCUGUACUACUAGUAGAGGUGCCCCACCUGACAUGGCAAACUACAUGCCUCUAUACUCUGAAGAAGUUGAUGUAGAAAUCCUUCGUCAGCGGCACCCUAGUGACAACUCAAGCACAUCUCAUGAUGGCAGCCAGAGCAUUCAUAGUGGCCGAUCAGGUAAAGAACUUUUAGGAUCAUCUCCUUUCACUCGAGCACCAGCAGAAGACAGGUCAAAGUAUGAAAAGCUAUUAAACUUUGUGGAGGAGGAAGAUGUCCAGAAAAAAGUUCCUUCUCAGGAUAAAAAAAAUAUCCAAGAAGACAAUGAUUCAAUUGGGUCAGCCAGUGACCUGAGGGCACAAGUAGAUUCAAGUGGAGAUGAAGAUGAAGGUUCAUCUGAAAUGUCACUUGAUGGGGAUGUGAAGAAAGAAAAGAUUUGUUUAAAAAUCCCCGGAGAUAAGCUUGUGACUGGAGAUUCCAUACCAAAAGAAAAACAAACAAGGAAGGCGAAAUUGAGUAUGUAUCUUAUCAAGAUGUCUUCAUUGGUCAUACAGAUGGAGACAAGCCUCUCUUAGAAGAUGAAGAGUUCUCUGACAAUGAACAAAAACAGGUUACCACUUGUAAGGUUGAUUCAAAAGUUGAGUUAACAUCUAAACCUGCUGGAAAGAUACUUACACCACCAUCAUCUCCAACACAGGGGAAAAAAAGAAGUAAAGAUGUCUUUAGGAAAAUUACAACUGGUAUUUCACCAGAGGCACCUCUAAUUAAUAGUGAACUUCCUGGAAGAAUGGAUGUUUUUGCAUUGGCUCCCUUUAGGAAGCGAUCUGUAAAAGCUAAAACAGAGAGUCAAAAGAUACAAAUGAAACAGCCAAAAGAUAGUUUCAUAACCAAUGUUAAAGAACCUGUUAAAUCACCCACUCUUGAGUCUUCCAAAAUAAAUGAGAUUAAAGCAAAACCCCAAAGCCCUGACAAUGGAAAUAUAAAUAAUUACAAGCCUUCAAUUUCAUUCACUAGUGACAUUGGUGAUAGCUCUUCAACCAUAAUUUCAGCUUCAGCUAAAAACUGUAACUUAUUUGGUUGUGCUCCAUUUUCCAUUCCCAAAGUAGUGACACAAGAUAUCAUCUCUGUGCAUGGAGGUCAUAACGUUCAACAAGAGCAGCAACAGCAAACGUCUAAGCAAUCUCUUAAUCAACCGGGAUUUGCAACUUCAGUAUCCUUUACUUCAUUAACAUGCGAUUCCUCAAGUGCUAGGCCAGUAAAGAUUACUUCUGAUCAGGUAUCAAGUUUCAUUCCAAAAAGUUCCAUUAGAGAUCAGCAAAAAGAAAAUAUGUUUGGCCCAUUAGUUAAAAAAUCUGGUGGUAAUGCUACAACACAGUCUUUCUCAAAGAGUAAGGUUACUCUUCCAAGUUUUUCUGACACUGCAUCCCUCAGCAGAAAUGAAAAAUUAAGCUGUAAAAGCUCUUCAUCUUCCCAGAGUUCAGACACUGGUGAAGAAGAGGGGUUAACACCAAGAAAACCAAAAAAAGACAAAAACAAAUAUCACUCAUUUCAGGAAAAAGAUGUGUUAGCUGAGAAAGAAGGUUUUUCUGGCAUUCCUGCAAGACAUUUUCAUACACCAGGUAAAAAUAGCAAGAAGACAAAGCAGUAUAAGAAAAAAGAAACCACUGACAGCAAUGCUUUUGCAAAUAUGAGCUUUGAGGACAUUGGAAGUGAUGAAGAUAAAAAUGUCAGUACUGUAAACCCAUCUUUCAUGGGAGAUUCUGAUGUUGGAAAAAGUGGUUUUCAAUCAAGUGGUUCAAGAUCUCUGAAAAUUUCAAAGUUAAACAAAUAACAACAGUGAUUUUAUAACUAAAUUAUCUGUUAUAAUAUUUUUUUCUAACCUUGUGACAGUGAUGUUACUAGAAAAUCAAGGAUUAAGGAUGUGACUUACCCACAACAGUUUACAUGUGCAAAAGGGUGAUGAUCAUGAUAUUGUUUUUAUUAUCGUUAAUGUUAUUAAUGUGUAACUUAGAGAUGUAUAGAUUACAUAGUUCUAUUUGAAAACUUCAUAGGUUUAUAUGUUGCUGAGCAACCUGUAGUGUAGUUUUGCUGCAGUAAAAAAAAA